AAUACAACCCUUCAGAUAUCAUCUUCAAAGUUUUAACCAUGCUUCCAACUGAGAUUACAGGAAUCCGCUAUCUAGCACAAGAAACCCCGAUUCCAACUCCCGUUAGCUAUGAAAUGAUGCACAGCAACACAAACACAUCAGACCUUUAUUUCAAUAGAUUCUUAACCAGCUUACCCAACUUUCACUUCCCUACUCCUCAAGGCCAUGAGUUUACCCCACAAUACUCCUGCAUAAGCAAUAACUCCAGCACUUCUGAUGAAGCUGAGGAGCAUCAUCUCGGCAUCAUCGAUGAAAGGAAGCAGCGAAGAAUGAUUUCUAACAGAGAAUCUGCACGCAGAUCACGGAUGAGGAAACAAAAGCACCUAGAUGAACUCUGGUCACAGGUGGUAAGGCUUCGAACAGAGAAAUACCAUCUGAUAGAAAGGUUGAAUCAUGUUACUGAGAGCCAUGACGAGCUUCUUCAGGAAAAUACAAGACUCAAGGAAGAAGCUUCUGAUCUUCGCCAAAUGCUCACACACCUGCAAAUUGGCAGUCCUUACCCUACUACGUUAAGAGAUUUGGAAGAGGUUAUUCCUUGCAACACUGCUGAUCUCGGAGCUGAAUCCUCCGACCAAUCCAUCUCUAAUCCCGAAGACUUACUUUAUUAUGAUUAGACACAGGAAUCAGGACUCUUUUUUUUCCAUAAUAACUAGUCUAUCUAUGUUCCUCAUGUCUACUAUGGUUGUUCCAAAACAGAGAAUAACAUCUUUGGACCUUCUUUUAUCUUUGCAAGGUUCAAUUCCUUCCCUUUAUAAUCAAUACUUUUAAGGCAACUGUUCAAUUUA